AGAGGGCCGGAGACGGGGGCAUUUGCAUUUGCAUAAAACAAGUCACCACCUCACCGAAUCUCCAUUUCCUUCCUCUUCUGUUUUCCUUGCCUUUGCCCGGAAACCACGAGGAAAGCUGCACAAAGGAAGGAGGAUCUCUAUCUCUCCCUCUUUCGGGGUUUUAGCAAUGGCGUCCAAGCGGAUCUUGAAGGAACUCAAGGAUUUGCAGAAGGAUCCUCCUACAUCUUGCAGCGCCGGUCCUGUUGCUGAAGACAUGUUUCACUGGCAAGCAACGAUUAUGGGUCCUCCAGACAGUCCUUAUGCUGGGGGAGUUUUCCUAGUUACUAUCCAUUUUCCUCCAGACUAUCCCUUUAAGCCACCCAAGGUAGCAUUCAGAACGAAGGUGUUUCACCCUAAUAUAAACAGCAAUGGGAGCAUUUGCCUUGACAUCUUGAAGGAGCAGUGGAGCCCUGCCCUAACAAUUUCCAAGGUGUUGCUUUCAAUCUGUUCACUGUUGACGGACCCAAAUCCCGAUGAUCCUUUGGUGCCGGAGAUUGCUCACAUGUAUAAGACGGACAGAAACAAAUAUGAAACAACUGCAAGGAGCUGGACCCAGAAGUAUGCUAUGGGCUAAACAAGCUGGUGUACGUGAGGGGAUGGGCACAUUUUCAUUUUACUGUAUUGCACUCUAUGUAUCAAUGUUUGUUGUCUCUUCUAUCCUAAGACGAACCAAAGAAGAGGUUCGUAAGUGUCCUCGGUUAAAAGAUAUGAAAGAAGCACGUAUGGUCCUGUCUCGUUAUUUGUAUGGAUAAUUUUAUCUUUAGAACAAUGAAACUGUUGCCCCUGAUCCUUU